CUACGGCUUCUGCAACCACGACGGCGGCAGCUGCAGCAUCGGACUACUGGCCUCCGGGGAAAUCAUCUACUUCAUCUCUAGCAACAUCAUCAUCUACAGCAGAAAGCUGCAUCAGCAGCGCCAUUAUCGAGAACACACUAACAACGUUCACUGUUUGGCUGUACACUCGGAUGGAAUACUGGUUGCUAGCGGCCAAUGUGCCAGUUCGUCUGGUCAGAAGAAUAAAGCACAUGUUCGCGUGUGGCGGGCCGAUACACUACACACCCUGCAUGUCCUAGGAGACACGGGUGUCUGGAGUCAGUCUGUGGACUCGCUGAGCUUCAUGCCCGCCCACAACAUUCUGGUAGCAGCUGGCGACUGUCCGGACACGAUGUUGACUGUGUGGGACACAAGCAGUGGAGCAAUGCAGGCACACACAACUGUGUCCACCAAGCGGCUGUGUGACCUGCAGUUUAACCCCUGGAUCUCUGAAAGCAUGGUCACGUGUGGGACUGAACACCUGGUGUGGUGGGCUGUCAGCAAAGACACGGGGGAGAUACAAGUGGCAUCCCAGCCCAACUAUGAUAUCUAUCUGAAGGGUCACGUCUACACCUGCCUCUGCCACAGCCAAAGGGGUGACGUCGUCACUGGCGACUACAACGGCAAUAUUUACAUCUGGGGCAAAAAAGGGGCCAGCAUUCUCCACAUCAUCAAACAUGGCCACCAGGGUCCAGUCACUGACCUCGCCCUGCUCCACAACCAUCUGCUGAGUUGUGGACAAGAUGGUGCCAUCAACUGUUGGAACAUGGGCAAGACCGUGGACAAGGAGAGUCUCCUCCAGCUGCCUCGGUCAGAAGGUGGAGUCCGAUGUCUGCUGUUGCUGUCCGGUGUCAAGGGGUGUGUUCUGGUGGCUGGCACCAGCACCAACUCUCUGAUCCACGUCACGCUAAACCAUAACAAGUCACCACUAGAGGAUGUGGCCCUGGAGAAUGUCCCAAUUACCCAGGGACACACAGAAGACCUGAGAGCCAUCCAGGCAAUCCCUGAAUCAUUCCUUAGAGCAGACGUCAUCAGCGCAUCGACAGAUGGCCUCAUCUGUAAGCUGGACUCUACACGCCGAGAAGCUGUGUGGAAGUUGUGGAUGAAGAGUUAUCCAUUUAUUUGUUUGGAUACAAGUCCAGAAGGUGACCAGAUUUUUCUGGGAACGCAGGAUGGCAAGCUAGUGAUUCUUAGAGUCAUCAAAGAAGACAUGACGGUUGUGGAAAUUUUCAACGAAAAGAUUUCAAACUCUGCUGUCCGCCAUGUCAGUUUGUCCCCGGACGGCAACCUGCUGGGGGCCGCAGCAACAAACGCUGUUGUGUACAUGUAUUCGUGUUUGCGCAAGAACGGAGCAGACGGCACGGAGAUCUGGACACUUGCUGGCAAGGGCAAGGGGAAGGGGGAGGAGGAGGGACUUAUUCAGUGUAACAUUCUACCAUACAAAAAUGGAUCAUCCGACAUCCGGUCGCAGCACUCAGGUCGUACGAACGACAUAGACUGCAUCGAGUGGUCAACUGCUGGACCAGAAGAUGUUCGCCUGAUGACGACAAGCUGCUGGCUAAGGUCAUCACAGAUAGGUCCAGACCAGGUAACCUGUAUGGCUGUCAGUCCCGGGAAGGACCUUGUUGCUAUAGCAACUAACGAUGGCCAGCUGCGUGUGGGACCGGGAACGCCCAUCAAGAGUCACCUCAACACAUGUAGCUUAUGUUUUACCACAGAUGGGCGGAGCUUGCUGACAGUGGGCGGGACUGAUGUUUGCAUCAUGCAAUGGAAGAUUAUUUAG